CUCAGGGUCUGCCUGGCAGGAAGGACAGUGGCCAGACCCCUUGGCAGUCCCUCUUCUCAGCCUUUCCCCAUACUACUUCCCUGGGGCUACGGCCCCCAUCUUGCUCAGCUCCGGCUUCUCGGCCACCACGGAGGCCUCUGGACAGGGACUGCACCUUCCUCCUCUCUCAGCAAGGGGGCUCCAGAGACUGCCCAGCCAGGAAGUCUGGUGGCCUGGGCAUUCGGACAGUCCGUUGGUAAUGUCCAGGGCUCCAGGAAGAGAUGUCCUUCUGGCUGGAGGCCCCUAUGCCUGAUGUUUCUCCUGACUCUGCAGCGGAGCUGUGGGACCCAGACGCACAAGAUGCAAGCGGCCAGGCACUGAGAGGCAGCGACUGCAUGCUCAGGAAGGAAGCCAGCAUGCCCCAAUCAACUGGGGGCACUUCGGGGGUGAGGCUGGAGGCAGCAGAUCCCAUAGCCCUGCUCCCAGGGGUGGAGGCCCCUUCAGAGUCUACAGAGGUCCGUCCACAAAAGCGGAAAAAGGGGCCAGCCCCCAAAAUGCUGGGAAAUGAGCUGUGCAGUGUGUGCGGGGACAAGGCCUCUGGCUUCCACUACAACGUGCUGAGCUGUGAGGGCUGCAAGGGAUUCUUCCGCCGCAGUGUCAUCAAAGGGGCGCACUAUAUCUGCCACAGCGGGGGCCACUGCCCCAUGGACACCUAUAUGCGUCGCAAGUGCCAGGAGUGUCGCCUUCGAAAAUGCCGCCAGGCUGGCAUGCGGGAGGAGUGUGUCCUGUCGGAAGAGCAGAUCCGACUGAAGAAACUGAAGCGGCAAGAGGAGGAACAGGCUCAGGCCACAUCCGUGCCCUCAAGGGCAUCCUCACCUCCCCAAGUCCUGCCCCAGCUCAGCCCAGAGCAACUGGGCAUGAUUGAGAAGCUAGUGGCUGCCCAGCAACAGUGUAACAGACGUUCCUUUUCUGACCGACUUCGAGUCACGCCUUGGCCCAUGGCCCCAGAUCCCCAGAGCUGGGAGGCCCGUCAGCAGCGCUUUGCCCACUUCACUGAGUUGGCCAUCGUCUCUGUGCAGGAGAUCGUUGAUUUUGCCAAACAACUUCCAGGCUUCCUGCAGCUCAGCCGGGAGGACCAGAUCGCCCUGCUAAAGACCUCUGCGAUUGAGGUGAUGCUUCUGGAGACAUCUCGGAGGUACAACCCUGGGAGUGAGAGUAUCACCUUCCUCAAGGAUUUUAGUUAUAACCGGGAAGACUUUGCCAAAGCAGGACCGACUAAUGUUUCCACGGAUGCUAAUGAAGCUGGUGAGCCUCCGGACCCUGAGCAGCGUCCACUCAGAGCAAGUGUUUGCACUGCGCCUGCAGGACAAAAAGCUUCCACCGCUGCUCUCUGAGAUCUGGGAUGUGCACGAAUGACUGUUCUCCCUUUAUCUUCUGUUUUCCUGGCUGGCUGAGGCCGGGUGGCUGCCUCCUAGUGGUGGAACAAACUGAGAAGGGCAAACAUUCCUGGGAGCUGGGCAAGGGAGAUCUUCACGUGGCAUUAAAGGAGAGUCAAAGGAUUGGGACUUUUGUGGCUGCUGGGCACUGAGGGUCCUGAAAAAGCUGUGCUCCCUAUGAACACUGUACUGACCGGACCGAAUGGAUGAACAUGGGGGCCACUUUGCACAAGGUUCUCCAGGGCCCUGCCCAUCCUGCCUCCACCACUUCCUGUUUUCCCCACUGGGCCCCUAGAGAAAUUCUCCACUGUCACUCUGUGGCUUGGCUAUAAAUGCCUCGGGGCUGCCUCCCUGAUAGGUCGGUCUGAUAUUGUUUGUACAAGAAGACCGAAAUGAAUACAGGAUGAGAGAAACAAUUUCUGGAUUGGGGUAAGGGAGUGGCAACGGAGGAAGGAAGCCUGUGUCCUUUAGGAUCGCAAGUGCCAGCCUCCUUUUACUAGCCCCAUUGCGCCCUGAGGAUAAAUGAAAUGCUGAUAACCCUCUUCUCGUUUCAUGAUGGGAGGGGGGGCGAUCAUGUCGUCUUCCUGUGGGGGAGAGGGUGUUAAAUUUUUAGAGCUAGAGCCUCAACUAUGCACCUGUCUUCUUAUGGGUGCGCGCACAAUGCCUUGGGUUUUUUUGGCAUCUUA